UGCUUAUCAAGAAACUGUUACGUAAGACGGCACCUACCUCUUUUUUUUUUGUUUUUUUCUCUCUUCUUUUUGUUUUACUCUAUGCUUUUUGUUAUGGUAAAGAUAGAUAACACAAGAGCCAGCGUCAUUGACUAGGGUAUCGUAAAGCCAUGCCUGGUGUCCAGACUCUCGAACUGGAGAUCCAAGUGAACAUGACCGCUGAGAGAUUCUUCAAGACUUUCAAAAAGAAAGAAGGAAAUUUCACGGACAAGACAGAGGCAGUUUCUGUUCAUCGUGAAGAUCCCACAUCCAACUCCUCUAUUCAGAUCUGGAAUUUCAUCGUUGAUGGAAAGAUGGAGCAGAUCAAAGAGAAGAUAGAGGUAGACGAAGAGAACAAGUCGGUAUCUUUCGUAGCUCUUGAAGGAGAUGUGUUGAAGCAAUAUAAGAGCUAUAAGAUAACACUUGACGUUGUUCCUAAAGGUGAUCAAGUUUGUAUUGCCAAGUGGACAUGGGAAUACGAGAAGCUAAACGACGACGUUCCUCCCCCUACCAGAUACACUGCGUUCGUUGCAGAUUACACACGCGACCUCGAGACUAGAUUGUUGUUUGAAUCAUGAUCAUAUCAUUAAUGUCUCUGAGUUCCUUGUUAUAUAAAUCAGAUCUUGUUAUGCAAAAAAAAUAAAAUAAAAUACACAGCCUGUUCUUCAAUAGAAAAAAUUAUCAAUUUUAGUUAUUAUUUUGUCCUAUAGAACUAUAUCCGGUGUCCAUAGAAAUGAUGACAUGAAACAAAUCGCAUUAACUAAUAUGAAAUAUUUUACUCACUGAAUAGAUCUAAUAGCGUUCAAACUACUUAUUCCAAUUGUUGUAAUUUUACAAAUUGCAU